CCGCCCGCUUCAGAGCUCAUUGCUGCAGGUGCGGGAGCGGGUCGAGGAGAAGCAACCAGCCGGGGGCAGAGGGUGUUUGUUGGCGUGUGAUUCGGGCGCCAUGCGUGAGAUCGUGCACAUCCAGGCUGGCCAGUGCGGGAACCAGAUCGGAGCCAAGUUCUGGGAGGUCAUCAGUGAUGAGCAUGGCAUUGACCCCACUGGCAGCUACCAUGGCGACAGUGACUUGCAGCUAGAAAGGAUCAACGUUUACUACAAUGAAGCUGCUGGUAAUAAGUAUGUACCCCGUGCAAUCCUUGUCGAUUUGGAGCCUGGUACAAUGGACUCUGUCCGAUCUGGACCAUUUGGCCAAAUCUUCAGACCUGACAACUUUGUCUUUGGUCAGAGUGGUGCUGGAAACAACUGGGCAAAAGGCCACUACACGGAGGGAGCUGAGCUAGUGGACUCUGUCCUGGAUGUGGUAAGGAAGGAAUCAGAAAGCUGUGACUGUCUACAGGGUUUCCAGCUGACCCAUUCUCUAGGUGGUGGCACAGGGUCUGGGAUGGGAACUCUCCUCAUCAGCAAAAUUAGGGAGGAGUACCCAGACCGUAUCAUGAACACCUUCAGUGUAAUGCCAUCUCCAAAGGUGUCAGACACAGUAGUUGAACCCUACAAUGCCACCCUGUCUGUCCACCAGUUGGUGGAGAAUACAGAUGAAACCUACUGUAUUGACAACGAAGCCUUGUAUGACAUUUGCUUCCGCACACUGAAACUCACAACCCCUACCUAUGGGGACCUCAAUCACUUGGUCUCCAUUACUAUGAGUGGUGUGACAACCUGCCUCCGGUUUCCCGGACAGCUGAAUGCUGAUCUUCGCAAGCUGGCAGUCAAUAUGGUGCCUUUCCCCCGUCUGCAUUUCUUCAUGCCAGGGUUUGCCCCUCUAACUAGCCGUGGAAGCCAGCAGUACCGGGCUCUGACGGUGCCAGAGCUAACACAGCAGAUGUUUGAUUCUAAAAACAUGAUGGCAGCCUGUGAUCCCCGCCAUGGCCGCUACCUGACUGUGGCAGCAAUAUUCCGUGGCCGAAUGUCCAUGAAGGAGGUGGAUGAGCAGAUGCUCAAUGUCCAGAACAAAAACAGCAGCUACUUUGUCGAAUGGAUCCCCAAUAAUGUCAAGACGGCUGUCUGUGACAUUCCCCCCCGUGGCCUCAAAAUGUCUGCCACUUUCAUUGGGAACAGCACAGCCAUUCAGGAGCUGUUCAAGAGAAUCUCUGAGCAGUUCACGGCCAUGUUCCGGCGUAAGGCUUUCUUGCACUGGUACACUGGUGAGGGCAUGGAUGAGAUGGAGUUCACUGAAGCAGAGAGCAACAUGAAUGACCUGGUCUCAGAAUAUCAGCAAUACCAAGAUGCCACUGCUGAUGAGCAGGGAGAAUUUGAAGAGGAAGGCGAGGAGGAUGAGGCUUAAGGCAGUUCGUACCAGAGGAACUCUACUAAGGCAGGCAUGUGGUCAGAAUGAAUUCUGAUAAUGGUGAUAAAGUACAUGGCAAAGAACAUGCUUGAUUAUCCUCUCGGCAUUAUGUAACUUUAACAAAGAUCUCUAUGUAAUAAUUGUCAAGUCAAGUUUAUUGACAGCAUUGAUCUUAAAGUUUAAGACACAUAAAGGCAUGUGUUCAAAAUG